AUCAGAUGUUGGGAAGUAGUUUGGAUUGACGCUGCAACGUCGGAGUCUGAACAAUUGCACUCGCUGCAUCGCCACAUAAGUUUUUCGGUUUUGUGUUUGCUGAAAAGGCGUGAAGUUUGAAAAGCGAAGAUGUCAAGUGAAUUAGAUGAAAGAGUCUUGGAUGAAUUGGAAGCCUUGCAGGCUAUACUGAUGGACGAGGUAACAGUGAAAACUAAUGAAAGUGGCAUGCCAGUAUCUGUUGAAACUGUUUUACUUCCUGCCACUGCUGAUGACACUCUUCAGCAGUAUGUCAGGAUAACACUAGUCGUGGAACUACCACCAGGAUAUCCAGAUACUGAACCAGUAGUGCAUCUGCGAAACCCAAGAGGUUUGGAUGACUCUGUGCUAAUGAAGAUUGAGGAAGAGACUAAAAAGAAAUGUGAAGAUUAUCGUGGACAACCUGUCAUUUAUGAGCUUAUUGAGCUAGUGAAGGAACAUCUGACAGCAAGCAAUCUUCCAUCUUGCCAGUGUGUUAUAUGCUUGUAUGGAUUUCGCGAGGGUGACCACUUUACAAAGACACAAUGCUUCCACUAUUUUCAUUCACAUUGCCUGGCAUGUCUUGUGACAACUACCGAGAAAAAUUUUCAUGAAGAACAAGAGAAAUUACCAGCCUGGCAGAAGCAACAAAGCGGUACCUUUCAGGUGUUGUGCCCAGUGUGCCGAGAACCAAUCACAUAUGACAUGGACCUGCUUUCUUCUGCCCCACCUCCUAUGGAUGUAGAAAAUGCGAGGCAAUUUGAAUUGAGUGAUGAUCUUCGUAGCCUACAGCAGCAGAUGGCAUCACUAUUUAGUUAUCAGAAACAGCGAGGUGGAAUUAUUGAUCCAGAAGCAGAAGAAUCAAAACUUGUUUUGGUGACAGAAACACCGGAGAGUGAGGACACUGCUGGAUCCAGUAUACCACAACAACCACUCCCACGGUUAGCUCCUGUUGUGCCACCAGGGAGUAGGGAUUGGAGGAGGGGCCAGGGUAUGAGGAGCAGGGCUGCCUUUAGGGGACGCAGAGGCUCUUCACGUGGUAAACCACCUCAACAGGCUGCUACAUCUAGAUGACGUUGGCUGAUUAAAGGCAGCAGCAUAAAUAAAAUAAAUGGAAAGAGAAAAAGAGCACAUGGACAGCUUUAAAUGAUCACUUUUUCACACAGGAGUUCAGGAGAUAUAAGUUCCUUGUUGUUCUGUAUGUGUUUCUCCUGUAUUACAAUGCUGAGAUUAUUUAUAUGAGCUUAUUUUACACUGAUUUGUACAUAGAUGUAUUUAUGUUUCUUGUUUGUAUAGAAAAUUUGCAAUGUAGAACCCAAACUUCAAAUUUUUGUUCUUUGAACAUGAGGCAGCUAAAUUAUUAUUAUAAUUAUAAAUAAUACUCUUUGUAUGAUAUUAAACAUAUGUGUUUACUUUGUGAAAUAAAUUGUGAAUUGCUAA